GAAACCAAAAUCCUAUCAAACACAGUACCCUACCACAGACAGAACAUCAACUACCAUUUCCGAAUAGGGCAAGUCCUUACCCGCUACUUGUAGGGCAUCGCUUCUACCAGAAAUGGCUCAAGACAUGACAGAGAAAGAUCUGCUAAAGAUGGAAGUGGAACAGCUAAGAAAAGAGGUCAAAACUGAGAGGAUAAUGGUUUCCAAAUCAUUACCUGAAAUUAAAUCAUACACUGAAUCCCGUAUGACGGAAGAUCCUUUGAUAAAAGGAGUGCCAGAGGAUAAGAAUCCCUUUAAGGAGAAAGGGGGAUGCUUGAUAUCGUGAUGAAGGGAAAAAUAACCGCCACCAUGCAACAUAGCUAUUCAGUAAAAUUUCAUCUCUUACUUGUGACUAGAGCCACUACAGAAGUACUGAGAUUAUUCAAAUAUUAAACAUUGGGAGAGGGGGGCAUUUUAGUUCUGUCAGUAACCUUAAUGGCCCAAAAAUAAAUAUUGAGCAAGAUUCAGGCUUUGGAAUAUUAAUUUUAAUGAUAUCAAAUAAACAUUAGUGCUCUUUUAAUUAAAAAAGAA